AUGAUAUUUUUAACUAUCGGAGGGGUGGUUCAACCGGGGAACAGAAUUCCGGCCUUCCGUAGAACCCUGUGGAAAACCUACAACGUAAUCGCCGUAUUCGCCUGCCUCAGUUUUUGCCCCAUGGAAAUAAUACCGUUGGCUUUUACCACAAACUUGAAACGGUUCAUCAAAAACAUGAACAUGGCCAUGCAACACGUUUCGGCCUCGAUAAAGUUAUUCGUCUGGCUUAAAAAGCGAGACAAGCUGAUGAAAAUUGUGGAAGCGCUCGGAGAAAAAAUGGAAAAGUACGAAAAUUACGAAACGUUUCGGCCAAUGGAAAUUGUCACGGACGAGAUGGGACGCAAGAAAAUAAUUGAUUGCGUUUGGGCAGUUUCGGGUUUUUUUGUGGGAACCCUGGCUCUCAUUGAGUCGUUUCUUACGUUGUUUGUGAACCACGAAAAGUACGAAAGGUAUUACAUCAAAGAUGGAUUUAAAAACAUUACUGUGUUCGAAUAUACCCAACCUUUACCCUACAUCUCAGUGGUACCGUGGAACUACAAAUCGUCGCAUAUUUUAUUCGCUUGCACCAUUAUCUACCAAUGGUAUCCGCUCGUCAUUUUUGCCUUCAUUAUAAUAGGUUUUGAUUCAAUGUUCACUUCAAUCGCAAACUAUUCAUCGGCCCAACUGAAGGUUUUACAGGGAGCUUUUAAAACUAUAAGACCUAGAUCUUUACAAAAACUUGGUUUAAGAGACGUGCCCGUAAUGCACGAUUCCCCCGUUUUGGCCAAGGAAAUGGAUAGACAAAUAAACAAUUGUAUUGAUCAUCUACAAACAAUUUUUUGGACCAUUGAAGAACUAGAAAGCAUCUUUUCAAUUCUGACGCUCAUCCAGGUGCUAAUAUCGCUAAUAAUUUUUUGCACAUCGUUGUUUCUUGUCACAGAAGUCCCUCUGGCCAGUGGAAAAUUCGUUGUAGAAUUGAAUUACAUGCUUGCAAUUACAUGGCAAAUAUAUCAAUAUUGUUAUUUUGGGAAUAAGGUCACCCUUAUGGGCCAUGAGUUGCCAUUUGCUGUUUAUGAUGGCGACUGGUAUUCUUCCGAUAAAAACUUCAAGAAGAAAAUGCUGAUCAGUAUGCAGCGAAUGAUGAAGCCCGUUCACUUUACAAUUGGAAAAUUUACGACGUUAACACUAACAACUUUCGUUUCAAUAGCACGAGGAUCUUACUCAUUUUUCACCCUGCUAAAAAAUAAAGACCAGCACGACCAAUAA